AUGACCGAGGCCAGGUAUGCGAACGCCCCUUCCUCUCAUACCCUCCCUCCUCCCAUACCCUCCUCUUCUCUCUCUCGUUCUGUGUCGUCCACACGGCACCUCCAUUAUCAGGUGCUGGCAGCAGCAUGGCCGGCGUAUGCAGAGAGCUGGAGGGGGAAGUUCAAUCGCGGCACAGCACCCCCGCGAAUACUGGCAGCAGCAUGGGAAGCGUAUGCGGAGAGCUGGAGGGCGGAGUUCAACCGCGGCAAAGCAGCCCCGCGACCAGAGGAGGGGGAUGGGGAGGCGCACGUGGGGGUGGAGGAGAUUGGGGAGGAGGAGAGGCGGAGGAGGGAGGCGGGAGGAGGUGAUUCGGGGUCCAAUGGCACAUUGGUGGAAGAACUAGACCAUUCCCCACCCCACCCGCUCUUCCCUCCUGCCCGUCAGGCGGAGCGGGCAAGGCGGGGGCGAGGGCUCUCCUGCCAUGGCUGCAGCAGCGGUACGUGGAGCGAGUGGCAGCCUAUGCUGACUCCCUCAAGCAGUUUGUGCUCGGCUACCCCCGCUCAGGAUACCCUUUCUGCUGCCGCCGCCGCCGCUGCUGCCAACCCUGCUUCUCACCCUGCCACCGCCACCCUUUGCCCUCCAACUGCCCCUCCACCUCCUGCAUCUUAUGCCUCUGCUUCUGCUGCUCCAUCUGUAAUCAUGCCACCAUCCACCACAAGUGACACUGCUGCCCAUUCAGAGCAUGUUGCUGCAGCUGCUGUUCCUCAUUCGCUCUCUUACGAACCACCUGAGGCCGCACCACCUGAGGAGGCACCUGGGGAGAAGGCUGCUGAGGAACUUGGGAAAGGGACAAGAAGCAACUUGUGA